ACUACUCUUUUUUUUUAAAUGUCUAUUUCCUGUUUCACGCCGAUGUCAUUGUCCUUGCCGUGCAAUUUUCUUCCCUCCUAAUGCGGCCUUGUGUACACAUUCGUGUCUUAUCACCUGCAUUUUUAUCGACGACUUUCCCAUUUUUCGUUUUCUACUUUAAACGUCUUGCCAUUUUUUCUUUGCAGCCAGUUUAUUUGAAAACUCGUUACAGGCACGAUGUUUUCGAAAACAUUCCUACUUGUUAUUUUCUGCAUAGAUGGAAUGUACUCAAAAACAAGAAUUAUAGGAGGAUUUCAGGCGGUGAUCGAUAAUUAUGGAUACACUGUAUCCUUGCAAUUCGAUGAUGAGCACAUUUGUGGCGGUGCGAUAGUUACACCGACGAUGGUUACGAGUGGAGCACAUUGUAUUCGGUAUCCGAAAGAAACGUACAGUGUAAGAGUAGGUAGCACUUAUAAAGAUAGCGGUGGUCGUCUCUACAACACGUCCAAGAUCAUAAUCCAUCCGGAAUACAAUAGGAGAACAGCGGAUAAAGAUAUUUGUCUGUUAUUUUUCAAAGAAUCUCUGCUGUUCGAUUGGACGGUGAGGAUGAUUGCUCUACCCGACGAGGAUUCAAAGGUGCGUAUAGGGACGACCGCAGUGGUUACAGGUUGGGGAUCGACGAAGCUUAACGAUCCUUACAGUGUUUCUCCCACGCUGAAAGGAGUUUACGUGGAUGUUGUUAGUUUCGCGAAAUGCAAAGCUUUGUAUCCUCCCAAUUCGAUCACGAAUAGCAUGAUCUGCGCUGGAAGCAGAAAACCAGAAGAUGCGUGCAGCGGUGAUUCGGGAGGACCGAUGGUUGCAAACGGUCUGCUAAUUGGAUUGGUUUCGUGGGCAUUCAGCUGCGCGGACGUGAACUAUCCGGGGAUCUACACAUCCGUUUCGAGUGUAGUGGACUUCAUCGAAAACAAUACGAACGCCAUGUCCAGAACGCAAUAAAUCAACUGCAAAAUAUUUAUUUAUUUCAUAUAUUUUCUGUAGUCAUCUUUAAAACCUUUCCUCUUUUUUUUUUCAAUAAAACGCGAAGCAUCUCCGCACAACUUCACCUUCUUUCUAUCUCUUCGAAACAUAAUAAAAACGGACUUGAUAAAAUACAUAAAUCUAAUUCUCUUUGUUCCUCUCGAAUGUUGUUUGUUUCAUUUUUUGCUUUUUUCUCAGUUUAAUACAAUAUUGUCUGUUGUACAAACGCGAAAACAAAAA